UCAUAACAUUCGCUCUCUUGGGAUGUAAACAAGAAGCUCCUGGACCUUGAGUAUUAUUAUUAUAAAACUUUUAAGCUAUAUGAUUGACAAAGACAUAUUAAUAUAACAAGAGGAACAAAAACUUAACUACAGAGUGAUAUAAAGGUGGAAUAUAAGGUAAAUAGACGAGUGUAAUAAGAUAAAUGGUUCCCAGCAGAUGAUCUUUUAAAGGGAACUUUCCAAGAUGACGACAGAACUUUUUAUUGUUACUAGUAAAUAAGAGAUAAUUUUUCAAAGUAAUAUCUAUUUUAUUUAUUGAUUUUUAUAUGUGAAAUUAUCUGUUAUCUCAAACUAAUGUGGAUUACAGGGAGGUCUAGGAACUUCUUUUAACUAAUACGGGAGGAAAAACUAAGUAAAGUUAAAAGUGAAGUAGAAACAUCUCCUUAUACCUUAUUACUGACACCAAAUACUCCCUCUGGCACCCUGGACCUAAGAUGCCCGUGAAGGACUAUGCCUUUGACCUGGUGGGCCUCGGGGUCAGUGCCGGGCUGACCUACACCUUGUACCAGUUUGUGAGGGCCGGGAGGGACGUCGUCUACCACCUGAAGCAAACUCCAGAGUUGGAAAUCAACGCAGGUCUCAUUGGCCGCGUGGCAGAGAGCGGCGGAGGAUUGAUCGCUUGUGUGCGGGGAGUCGUCAAAGCCUCCGAUAUCGCAUUGAAAAGCGUGGCACGGCCGGAGGUGGCGGGUGUCAUAUGGCGUCACACCAUUCAGGAACACCUCGUGGCACAGGUCAUGGGCUUCUGGAUGAAUGACAAGUUGACUGUUGAUUCAUCUACAAGCAACGUCCCCUUCAUGUUGAUGGAUAAAGGCAUUGGAGUGCAGAUUACAGAACCUGGCAAGUUGGAAGACGUAGAUUUAACUGUUGUCAACGAAAAAUUUGACGCAGCGACCAACUCCUUAGCCGAUCACGUGUGGGGCUGGAUGAAGGGCGUUCGUACGACUGGCACGCAGCAGACUGAGGAGAUGCUGGUCGAGGGGACGAGCGUGUUGGGAAUUGGCCGACUGGUGCUGAAGAACGAGGGCCUUCACCUGGAGCACUCCGAUCUUAUACCUUACAUGAUAACAAUGAAGAACAAGAAGACUGUCAUCGAGGAUAUAGAAGCACCGAUUCCAUAUCUCCGGCUGCUGGGUCUGUUGACGGCGUGUGGGAUGGUGUUUUAUUCAUACCGCGUUGUGUCUCGAUGGUACGUUAAGUGGCGCAAGGACGCCCGUAGACGAGCUGAAGAGAGUAUUCUGGACGAGGCUCGCGCACGGAGAGAGGCCCAGGGUCACGACCUGCCGGAGAGCCUCAUGUGUGUGGUGUGCUGCGGCCUGAGAGACGUUCUCCUCAUGCCGUGUCGUCACGUGUGUGUGUGUAGUGAUUGUGCCCUCAAGCUGGAGCCCAGGGUGUGUCCCGUCUGUCGGACUGAUAUUGAGAGAAUCCAGCCGGUGUUUUAUUCUUGAUUAACUUGUUCCUGUACUGUACAUACUGUGUAUAUAAUAUUUAUGUUAUGCUCAAUGUUUGUUAUGUUAUGGUUGGUGUACAGUAGGAAAGAUGUUUGAAUAUUUUUUUAUGAAGUUAUAUUGGCCAACAUGCCUUAAAUACUGUACAGUAUAGGUUUCUGUGUCCGAACAAUGUUCAUGUACAGUAUAAUGAUUAAGGAGACAUAAUGCUCUCCUGAGAAUCUAACAGGGAUUUAAUUACAAUGACACUAUGCAUAAUAAAUAUGAUCUAGUCAUAAAAAUGAUCCAGUCAUAAAAAUGAUCCAGUUUCAAUUAUUUUUUUCAUUACUGUAGUUAUUAUUUAUUAUAGGCUAGACUCCAUAAUAUCUUACAGGUUGUCCAAAUAAUUUACAUAUGUGCUAUUACAUAACAUGAGGAGAAUCACUGUUAUAACAUUUUGAUAUACUUUAGUUAUCUAUCAUUUUAAUUUCUUUUAAUCUUUGUCAAACUUCUACAAAGGUUUACGAACAAUCCAAUCACCAAUUGUGCCAGCAGACGUAUGUGGCCCUGACCUCACUCACAGUUUGUCAAAAAUAAGAUUUAGUCUCACAGAGUAAGUAAUUCAGUCUAUUCUUUGGGAAAAUAUUUUAUGGGGCAGGAAUAUUAUUUUGAGGUUGAUUUAGAGUUAUAGGAAGUCAUUUAUGGAUGUUGGGUGGGGGACUGACCCUCAAGUUAACAGACCUGCACAUAAUAUUCCCAACUUGGUUGUAAUGAGCACUGUGCUACACUUUUAGGGACGAGGCUGAAUGUUUCAUGAGAACAUUAGGUUAUGGUUGGUUUAAGGAAUAAGCAUAUUUAUAUUCAGGUUGGUAUAUUUAAGUUAGGUACAGUAUGUAAGGGAUAUAACCAUCAGUUUAAACCUCCCACAGAAGUAUUUUGACCAAUCAGUCCUUACCUCACACAAUGAUCCCCAGAGGGAAAAUUUGGGUUUAAACUAAUCUAAUGAUCAUCGUCAAGUUGUAUGGUUCUCUUUGACACUUCCUGGGCAGCCACUCAUUCAUCUUGUAGUUUAUGUUCAUAUACGGCAGGUUGUCUGAUGUGCCGUGGUGCCUCUUGGAGUGUUGAAAUCUUUGUUGUUGAGAUUUCUAAAAGUGGGCUAAGUGAUGUGAUGAUUUUUUUCAGGUGAGUGACAGAGAUAAUCUUAGCUUAUCCCAACUGUGGCAGGCUGCUUCACCCUCAAGACACCCAUAUUCAGUGUCCUGUUUGUGAUAUAUUUUGUACAUUGAACUGCUUAGCUUUGCAGUAUUGCCACUCUUGUGAUGCAAUUUUAGAUAAUAUCCUGUUAUACAGAGGAAAUUGUGCUGCAGCUUCUAUAAUGCAGAGAGCAGAUUUGUUCCCAACUAACUGUGUUUAGAUCUUCAGCCGAAAGUUACAGGAUGACAAUACAAUAUAUUGUGUUCUAGUUUCUACUAUAAAGCUUCUAAUGUUUACAUUUCCAGUAACUGAUCCUGGAAAUCCCUUUUUAUAGCAGAGUUGGGACAAGGAGAGACUAGACUCCCUCUUUCUUGUGGGUUCCAUCUGGACUGUGUCUUGUUGUAUGGACAACCCAAGAUGUAACUAUACUGUACAUUACACCAGCAGCUUUACCACCAAGAUUGUCUUACCUUUCAAUCUUGAGUGGCAACUUUUGCUUUGGCUAUAAAAUUAGGUUUCUAGGAUCAACAAUCUGUUUUGGGGGGGUAAAAGUUUUGAAUAAGGACGGAGAACUGGAACUUUUAUGCCCACUAAUUAACAGUGUCAGCUAUUGAUGAAUAUUAACUGAGUUAAUAACCUACAACAGUUAAUUAUGCCAUUAUUGCUAUUUAUCUCUCUUUUGUGGACUUCUUAAAAUUUUAGAGUAGUAACACAUUGCAUUUUGGUGAGUCGCCUUGUUAUCAGUUCUUUAAAAUGACAUCAUUUCUCACAAUUUAGACGAUGUUAUGCAGGCUAGAGGGGUUAGCUCUGUCCAGACCACUGAUACAGUUGAGUGAUGAAUCCAGCAAACACACACACACACAACACAAACCUCUCCUGGGAAUAAUAGCCCACGAAACCCUCCUGGCUACACUCUCGGAGGUUGGCAGUUCAAUACACAACCAAUUGACCAGUGGAGCCCAAUUAGUUCUGUACAUUAAUUCAGGAUUCUUCCCUUUCCUUACCUGAGGCACAUGGAUGGAGUUUGGCUUUAUUUUAUGACACAAUGUGUGGACUUCCCGUCACGUAAUCUUGGCUGUUUUCAAACUCCUAGUUGCUGAGUGCUAAGAAUUAUCAGAUAAGCACCUGUCCAGCCACCCCUCAUUAAAACAGGAAAAGUCUUGUAUGUUGGAAAAAAAUAUGUAUGUACUGUACUGCUUGAAGAUGUAAGAAAUACACAAUUGCUUGGGCAUU